AUGUUGCUUCGAUUAUCAAUGAUUCUUUUUGCUAUUCACUGGAUCAAUGCUGACAGAGAAAUCGUCAACGUUGGGAACUCUUUUCAAGUGCUUGAUCCAAAUCAAGAGCUAACAAUUGGUGGGGAUUCAUCGGGAGAAAGAAUUCCAUCUCGUCUCCUCUCACUCAACUCAAUGCAAAUCGCCAUGAAAUAUCUUCGAAAACAAAAAGAAAAACAA